AUGUCGCUCACCAGUAUCUCACCAGUACAUACUAUCCGCUACGUUGCUCGGGCCGUAGCACAAGUUCUUCCCUCCGUGCUCCAACCGACCAUCCUCGGGGAUAUCCGGUCCCAGCCUUCAUCUAGUUCCACUCCUGAAGCCUCUUCGAGUCGUACCCAGCCAAAGUUUAACCCGGCAGACUACGAUGUAGACAUGGAGUCCGGUUUCCUACCAAAGGAGCCCCCCCUCACCAGAUUGCCCGCCGCCUUCGAUCUAUGGGAGGAUGCUCUCGACGCGGUCAACCGUCCCAAUGGUGUUCUCAGUCUCGGCGAAGACAUGAGCGAAGAGGCCUUGUCGAAGCGCGAGUCCAGCCGAAAAUGGAGAGAAAACAUUGCAUCAGCACCCGUCCUAUCUACCGCCCCCCUAAAAGAAGAUGUCCGACUAUUACGUCGCGCGCACCACGUACUAGCAUUCCUCGUUCACUUCUAUGUUCACUCAACCCCACCGGCACAACCAGCUGCACCAAUGCUUGUUCCCAAGUCCCUGGCGAUCCCACUUGUUGAGGUUUCGCGAGUACUCGGAAUCGCCCCUGUUUUGACCUUUGCCGACACCGUCCUAUGGAACUAUGCGCUCAUCGAUUCAUCCAAGCCUCUCUCCACCGAUAACAUCCGUUCCCAGACCCUGUUCACCGCUUCGACAAAGGCAGCUCGCGACGAGCAAAACUUUUAUCUAUGCUGCUUGGGUAUCGAGAUCCGAGGGAUCGAGGCCUUGAACCUGAUUACCAAGUACCAGAACAUGCAAUGCACGAACUCUCCUCAGGCCAUCGCAGAGAUUAACAAUGCUCUUGGCCGACUAUGCGAUCUUAUCAACGACCUCACUUCGAUACUUACCUCCGUGCGAUGCACCUGCGACCCCCACGCAUUCUAUUUUGCUAUUCGACCAUGGUUCAGGGGGAGUGAUGCGGGUGGGCCGUCUUCUCCCGGCUGGAUUUUCGAGGGUGUCGGUGAUUCAAGUGAACUUGAACUGAGUGGCCCAUCCGCCGGUCAGAGCUCGAUGAUGCACUCCCUUGACGUAUUCCUCGAUAUCGACCAUAAGCUGGAGAAGCCUCGGUUACCAGCACCAUCGGAGCUGAACAAGAAGUCAGACCGAACAUUCAUGCAGCGCAUGCAGCGUUACAUGCCUGGCCAGCACCAAAAUUUCUUGAAUGCACUAGGCUCAAGCGCCAAUCCCCUACGAGAACUUGUUGUCCGCACACCCGCUCUUCACGAGUCCUACGACGCCUGUGUGAUGGCAUUGAAGAACUUCCGCGACGCCCACAUGCGCAUUGCGUGCUUGUACGUCGUUUCAAUGUCUCGGUCAGAGGCCGCACAGGAAGCUGCACGCAAGGCGGGAUGCCCAGUAGCCGCCAUGUUCGACAAGAUGCGAGAAAACGGAGAGCUAUCAGCGCCUCCAGUAAUAGAGCGCAAGGGCGCUCGUAUCAAAAAACGAGGCGAGGCAGUGAGGGCAUAUGGCUCCUGCUGGCGAGGAGAUGUGGUGGAUGGGGGACGAUGGGGGUUUGAGAUGUUUAUUACCUUGUAG